GAGCUCACUUGCUCACACUUUCCCCAUCUCUCUCCCUCCCCCCUCAACAAAACUACGACACGAUGGAGUUCGUCCCUGCUCCAGCGGUCCACCGUGUUCUCUGCGCUGACUGUGGAACACCGAUUGUGCCCAACUCUGCCAAUCUCUGCGUCGCUUGUCUUCGGAAUACGGUCGAUAUCACAGAAGGGAUCCCAAAACAAUCAUCCGUCUCGUUCUGCAGAAACUGCGAGCGCUUCCUCUCCCCGCCGCAGGCAUGGACGCUCGUGCAGCCCGAGUCGCAGGAGCUACUCGCGAUCUGCCUCAAGAAGCUCAAGGGGCUCAACAAGGUCCGGCUCACGGACGCGCACUUCAUCUGGACGGAGCCGCACUCGAAACGGCUUAGGGUGUCGCUCACUAUUCAGAAGGAGGUGCUCACGAACACGGUCCUGGAGCAGGUCUUCGAGGUCGAAUACCUCGUGCAGCACGGGCAGUGUCCCGACUGCGCGCGGCUCGCAGCGAAGAACACGUGGAAGGCGCUCGUGCAGGUCCGGCAAAAAGUCUCGCACAAGCGGACGUUCCUGUUCCUCGAGCAGCUCAUCCUCAAGCAUAGCGCGCAGAAGGAAACGAUCUCGGUGAAGGAGGUGCGGGAUGGGCUGGAUUUCUUCUACAGCCAGCGGAGCCAUGCGAUUAAGAUGGUGGAGUUUCUAGCGGGCGGCGUUCCCACACGGUCAAAGGGCUCAGAGCAGCUCCUCUCGACGGACACGCACUCGGGCACGGCCAACUACAAGUUCACUUACUCGGUCGAGAUCGCGCCGAUAUGCAAGGACGACCUCGUCUGCAUCCCGCCCAAGCAAGCAAAACAGCUCAGCAACAUCUCCCCGCUCACGAUCUGCACGCGCGUCGGCAACUCGCUCCAGCUCACGGAUCCGGCCACGUUGCAGAGUGUCGAGGUCACCGCGGCGGUGUACUGGCGCGCGCCGUUCGCGUCGCUCGCGAACGUGACGGACCUCGUCGAGUUCACCGUGCUCGACAUCGAGCCAUCGGGCCCCACGCGCGGCAAAUGGGUCCUCGCCGACGCGCAGACGCACGGCGGGGACGAUGAAGACAUGUUGAUGGACUACGAGGGCUCGGCGUACGCGAAUCAGAUCUUCCACACGCGCACGCACCUCGGCGCGAUUCUCCAGCCUGGCGACGCGGUCAUGGGAUACCACCUCACGAACGCGAAUUACAACUCGGACGACUUCGCGGCUGUGUCGGCCGAUCGCGUGCCGGAUAUUGUACUCGUGAAGAAGGCGUAUCCGAACAGGCGGAAGAAGAACCGGACGAGAGAGUGGAAGCUGCGGAGUAUGGCCAAAGAAGAGGGCGAGGAGGGCGAGACGGGGGCGGGGCGGGGUGUCGUUGGGAGGAUGGGAGGACGGGACCAGAAGAAGGUCGAGGAGGACUACGAGCUGUUCUUGCGCGAGUUGGAGGAGGACCCGGAGCUGCGUGGGGCUGUCAACCUGUACAAGGCGAAGGAUGUGCGGAUGCGGGAUGCUGCUGCUGCUGCCGCACAGGAUGGCGCACGUGCAGGGAAGAAGAAGGGAGGGCAGUACGGUAUGGAAGUGGACGAUUCGGCGCAACGGAGCCAGGCAGAAGGGCAUGCAGAGGAAACGGAGGGAGAAGAAGACGAGGGGGAUUUCCCAGAUGUCAAGCUAAACGAGCUGCUAGAGGAUUUCGACGAGAUGACGCUUGGGGACGAUGCGGAGCAGCAGCAGUCAUAGUAUUCAGUUUCAGUUGGUCUUAGCAGUGCUUAUCUCAUGUCCCAGGGCCUUUGUUUGAGAUUGUCAAGGGCGACAUUAGAUCGUUUGAGCUUUGCAGGUUUCUGGAUUUUUCGAUACAUUUUUCGGUCGACUUUUUGUCGAGACCGGCAAAAGUUACCGAAGACUCAGCUGGCUGCUCGCUGUAAACAACAGUCUAUUCGUGUAAAGUAGCUUGUCAGGGAAACGAUUUCGUCAAAAUAACAUGGAUACCAUU